AUGCAAUUAGUAUCUAUACAACAAGAAAUAUUACCUUCUAUAUUUGAAACUUAUCAACAUUAUGAAAAUGAAAUGAUAAAUUUAUUAAAUCAAAAUGAAAUUUGUUUUAGUGUAAAUAAUUAUAAUAAUGAAGGUCAAUAUUUAAAUACUGAAAGACCUACAAGAAUAUUAAUUAAUGGAAUUUAUGAAAGAAUAAAUGAAGAAUGGAGGAAUCAAUAUUUUGAUUUGAUUAAAACAUUAGCAAAACAAUAUCCUGAACAAAGUGAUAUCAUUUUAUUAAAUAUUCUUGUAUUAAUUCAACCAGAGAUUAAAGAGAUUAUUCCAAAAAAAUAUUAUAUUGAAAUACCAUUAAGUUUACAACAAUUUAUUGAUAAAUGUAAAUUAUUAUAUCCUAAAGGAAAUAUUAAAGGAAAGAAAGAACAAUGGAUAUUAAUGAAUGAAAAGAAGGGAUAUGAAUGUAAAGAAUUAAGUUCAUUAAUUAAUCAAUAUUGGAAAGGAUGUGUUAUUGAUAUUGGAAGUGGAAAAGGUUAUUUAAUGGAAGAACUUCAAAAAAAAGGAAUUGAGUGUAUAGGUAUUGAAGGAAAAGAAGAAUAUAUCAAAGCAAUGAAAGAGAGAAAUCAAAAAGUUGCUA